AUGAGAAACCAUUUCUUCAGGUCUUUAACGCCCUCGCAUUCUCCGGCCAGAACGACGCCGUCUCAUUCUCCGACUAGAUCUACGCCGUCUCGUUCCUCUGCACCAACGACGCCGUCGCAUGCCUUGUCCGAGUCUCUAAUGGAGGAGAAUAUCGACGUUGCGGAAAUCUUAAUUACGAAGUGGGACCGUGCUAUUUCGUCUUAUGCCGAUAUUACUCCUUUGUUCCAAGAAGAUGGUUACGAGGCUAAGCAGUACCUCAAGGCCGUUAAGGAUUUACAGACGGCGAUGAAGUAUUUUGGCUCUGAGAAUAUGAAAUCUCGCCAUCUUGUUCGCGCUCAGAAUCUGAUGCAGACUGCGAUGAAGAGGUUGCAGAGGGAGUUUCAUCGGAUUUUGUCUGAUAAUCGGGCGCAUCUGGAUCCGGAAUCGAUUUCGAAUCGGUCGUCUAGGGAUUCCGGUUUGACCGGUAACUCUGAUUUGGAGGAUGAGUCGGAGGACGAUUUGCGAUUUGCGAAUGAAGAUGUUACUGAAGAGGAGCGGAUUUCUAGAUCGGUUAUUGCGGAUUUGAAGUCGAUUGCGGAAGGUAUGAUUUCUGCUGGUUACAGUAAGGAAUGUGUGAAGAUUUACACUGUUACUAGGAAAUCGAUUGUUGAGGAAGGAUUGUACAAUCUCGGAGUUGCAAAGACGAGUUAUCAUCAUGUUCAUAGGAUGGAGUGGGAGGUUUUGGAAGUGAAGAUCAAGAAUUGGCUGAACGCUGUGAAAAUUGCUGUUAAAAAUUUCUUCGAACCAGAGAAAUUCCUUUGCGAUCAAGUUUUCUCGAUUUCUGAUAUGAUUAGAGAGUCUGUUUUCUCAGAAAUUACCAGAGAGAGCGCUCUGACUCUGUUUGGCUUCCCGGAAAUGGCGGUGAAAUCGAAGAAAACUCCGGAGAAAAUUUUCCUGAUUCUCAAUCUCUACGAAGUGAUCUUCGAUCUCUUGCCGGAAAUCGAAUCGAUGUUCUCUUGCGAAUCGACGUCCUCCAUCCGAUCUUUAAUCGACCAUUCGCUAACAAAAAUCGCCGAAAGCAUCCGCUCUAUGCUCGUCGAUUUCGAAUCUCACAUCCAGAAAGAUUCCUCCAAAACGCCAGUGCCAAGCGGCGGAGUUCAUCCACUCACUCGCUACGUGAUGAACUACAUCUCAUUUCUCAGCGACUACAGCGGAAUCCUCCCCGGAAUAGUCGCUGACUGGCCGUUGAUGCUUCAUUCUCCAUUGCCGGAAUCCUUCUUUGGCGGUAACGAUUCGGAAGAAAAUCCUCUCACCAUACGCUUGGCCUGGAUAAUUCUGGUCCUCCUCUCGAAGCUCGACAGUAAAGCGGAGCUCUACCUCGACGCUCCUCUGUCGUACAUCUUCCUGGCGAACAACCUCAAGUACAUUGUCGUGAAGGCACGAACCUCGAAUCUCAGAUUCCUUCUAGGAGACGAAUGGAUCGAGAGCCAUGAGGCAAAGGUGAAGCAGUACGCGUCGAGCUACCAACGGAUGGGAUGGAGUAGAGUGUUUCUUUCGCUGCCGGAGAAUCCGACGGCGGAUAUCUCACCGGAAAGAGCCAGAAAACACUUCCACGAUUUCAACAUCGCAUUCGAAGAAGCCUAUAGACAUCAAGCCUCGUGGAUCGUGACGGAUUCAAAGCUGCGUGAGCACAUAAAGAUCUCGCUGGGGAAAAAACUCGGAACACUCUACGGUGAGUUUUACAUCAAAUACCGUUCACGAUUGGAGAAGCUUUUCGGAUGUGAUUCAGAGGUGAGAUUUGCGCCAGAUGAUUUGGGGAACUAUUUAUCUGAUUUACUUCACGGCGAUGGGAAUUUGGGAGGGAGUGUUUCUUCUUCCUCGUCUUUGUCUUCGUCGCCAUAUCAUUUUCAUGGUGGUCGGCGGAGUGGAUGAGGCGGCGGUGGAACAGUGGUGGUUUUAGGACAAGGACAUAUAUAUACUUUUUUAUUUUUUAUCUUUGGUUUGAUUGAUUAAUUUGCAGUGGAUUGUAUAUGGAAGCGAUGUAAAUUCUCUAAGUUGUUCACAUUGAGCAGAAAAAUCUGAUAACAAUAUAUUCUAAU